UACACCGUGCAUUCGCAUUGUGCUCUGAAGAAAACUGGCAGGAUUUCACCAAUGCAGAGAAUCUGACCGAAAAGACUCGCGUACAGCCUAAAAGUGGGAUCUGGAAAGAAAACAAACACCCUCAUAUGCAAAGAGCACAUCUCGGCUUUCUGUGACCUACAGACAAAGAGAGAUCCUGCAGCGCCUGAACUGAGAAGCGUCUCUGUCCACUCCACCCUAUAUGCUUUAUUAAUGAUGUCAGAACAGACGCAAUGCAGUGAUGACCCACAGCGAUAGAAGGUCAAUCAUUGGAAAGUGGAUGCAAAUCUCAGCACAAUUGGAAGAGUAUAGAACCUUCUAGAAACACAACAGUGGUUCUCAAAUAUUUUGAUUCAAAAGCAUCUCAUUGUCCAACACAGUUUUCAAUGCCUAAGGUGAUCCAGCCACUGACGAGAUGCCAUCAAAGAUGUCAUUCCUGUAUUUGCUGACUGUGGUCUGCUGGGCCAGUGCGCUGUGGUAUCUCAGUGGCUCUCGGCCCUCAACCACCUACGUGGGUCCGAUGACCUUCACCCCUCGCAAACCGCUGCCGAGGCUCUCGAAGAACGACACGCUCAGCAAUAUCCGAACGCGUGCUCUGAACCCGCACAAUUUCAAGUUCCUUAUCAACGAGCCCAACAAAUGUGAAAGCACAAAGCCCUUUCUUGUUCUCCUCAUAAGCACCAACCACAAGGAGUUUGACGCCCGCCAGGCGAUCCGGGAGACAUGGGGAGAUGAAAACAUGCUCGGCAACGUUCACAUUUUGACGCUGUUCCUUCUUGGGUUCAGCACUGAACCUGUCCUCAACCAGAUGGUGGAACAAGAGAGCCAGAUCUUCCAUGACAUCCUAGUCGAGGACUUUGUGGAUUCCUACCACAAUUUGACCCUGAAGACUCUCAUGGGCAUGCGAUGGGUGUCCUCGUUCUGCCCCAACGCGCAGUACGUCAUGAAAACAGACAGUGAUAUAUUUGUCAACAUGGACAAUUUAGUGUUUAACCUUCUGAGACCCAACUCCAAACCAAGGCGACACUUUUUCACAGGUCAUGUGAUAAACGGAGGACCCAUACGUGACGUUCACAGCAAGUGGUUCAUGCCCAGAGAGCUUUACCCUGAUAGCAGGUACCCACCCUUUUGUUCUGGCACUGGAUACGUCUUCUCCGGAGACAUUGCAGAGCUGGUUUAUAAGACCUCCCUCCAUACAAGACUCCUACAUCUGGAGGAUGUGUAUGUGGGACUGUGCCUGCGGAAACUAGGCAUUCAGCCUGUCCAGAACAGUGGAUUUAAUCACUGGAAAAUGACCUACAGUCUCUGCCGCUACCGAAAAGUCUUGACUGUACAUCAGAUCUCACCAGAGGAGAUACUGAGAAUAUGGAACGAUAUGUCCAACAAGAAACAUCUCAAAUGCUAGCGUUUUUGCUGAUAUGUGAUAAUGAAAAUAUGGUUAUGUAUUGGUAUUAACAGGACUGUUUGUGACCCUCCUGGUCUGUUACAGCAAUACAGUCUGUUACUUGCAACACAGACCACAUUAAUGAAACUGAUGUCAGUCUGUAGAGCAAUAUGUGCAGGGUCAAACUGGAUUCACAAGGUAUUUGCAAUGGUUAUAAACUGGUGUUUUACAUACUUACAAACAUUAUUGAUGUACCAGGCCGCUGUGAAAUGCUUUAUAUUAAUAAUACCAGUAUUGUGAGAAGUAGCGGUUCAGUAUUUACUAUCCCAAAUGGCUACCAUAAACUACAUUUAUUCUGUAUAUCAUUUAAAAUGAAUGAUAACUAGAAUAACCCAUGAGAAUGCAUAUUUAUGUGUAGUUCAAGCCUUUGUAAAGCAGUAGAGCUCAGUUUUAUAACUGGGGGGUAGGGAACUUAUUUUGCUUUUUUAGGUUACAUUUAAAUAAUGAAUGCAAAAAUUGAUGGCAUACACAUUUUAAUUUUGCAUGCAGUGCUCACUUUUUUGUA